AGCAAGUUCAGAAUAUGAUAUGACGUUACAAAUUCCAUUACUUUUUGGAGACUAGCAUACUAGUCCGGUAUGUUUUAAGUGUCACAACUCAAAAAAAUCUACCAAAUGUUGUUGUACAAUCAUUCAGAAUAGCCUCGUUAUAACAAUACUUUUACACAUGCAUGUGUAAUUAAAGACGUCCCAGCUAGCAACGAUUUCGGGCGCAUUGCAGAACUUUGGACCAGACUUUGGUCACAUUUUAGAUUGGUUGGGGCAGGCUUAGGGGCACUGACCCAUGUAAGUCUAUGCGCCCGAAGUUUUUUGUCCCUACGAUUCCUUUGUGCGCUCGAAAAUAAUGCUAGCUUUGGUGUAAGAUGAAUAAAUGAAUAAGAAUGCAUUUAAUCAGCUUAACAUUGGCGAUAGAAUUAAGCUUAAUGUUAUCGCCAAAUUUUCCAUUAAAACUAACCGGAAUGAAUACCUAACUCUAGCCUAAUCUUAAACCCAAUUGCCAAACAUAACUUUAAGUGAAAUAAACCAGAAUAAAUCCGCGGGUUAUUUCAUGAAUAGGGUGAAUAGACAUGAUGCAGAAUGUGAAGCAAUCGUGCUGGUUGUGAAGGGUUACUUGGUCGGCUGCUUGUUUGGGUGGAAUAGUUUGUUUUAGUACCUAUUCGCGUAAUCUUAUCUGCAUACAUGGAAGAUUUAACGCACGAAAAAUGAAAUUUCAAUUCACCCAGUUAUGCUUGUAUAUUUCCUGAAAUUAUAUGAUGUAUCACUAGAACUGGGGUUGCACAUGCUGAUAUUAGGAAUGAAGGUCUUCGUUGAGAAAACAUUGAGUGGUACAAAUACAUGUACCAGAUGUCAAUAAUCUUGUUUUAUUGUCUAAAUUUGUUCUCGUACUUGUGUGAAUAAGUGUGUUUUACCUUUUUAGUGCUUUCCGGUGUUUCAGGUACUAUGCUAAUUGACCUAGUUUGAUGGUGAUAAACAUCACUUGUUCAAAACUUAAAGUUACUUACUUGUGAUAAAGUGAGAACUAUGGAGGAGGAGUUCAAUGCCACCAUGAAGAAGUAUGAAACUGUCUUGGAAUGUGUGGAUCAGAAACUCCCAUCGAUAAUUGCUGUCGAUCGAUUUCUUAAUGAUCUUAUUCCAAAGUCAAAAGAGCUAGAAAAUGAUGUCUUACACCUACCAUCAAACAAAGAUGUUAUGAACACCAUUGAAAUUCAUUUUGGACGUGCUAUGCGCUUAACUCUACUACGAGGAGAUGGUGUAAGAUUGCCUCUAGUAGUCCCUGUUGAUGCUCGUGUUUUAGAAUUACGGUGGGCAGUGCAAGAAGCCAUUUCAUCUUAUAUGAAUCAUAUAUCAAAUUUACCAGAAGCAAAUCAUAAAGGUGGUUUUACUGAUCAGAUCGUGAAUCGUCUUAUUUCUAUCAAGGUUGUUACAUCUCAGUGA